AUGGCUGUGGACGGUACAGACGAGAAUAAUUUGGAACAAGGUAUUUACACAAAAGAUGUAGCCCGUCUUCGAAAGAAUGAUCGCCGCCGAAGAUCUUUAUCCGAUCGCAGUCCGUCUCAGAAGUGUGGAGCCUGGGCCUCACAUUUCCAGCGGCUCUUUGUGUCGUUUAUCGGAGCGGAUUGGAUCUACCUCAUGAUCCUGGGGUUCAUCAUGGCCGUGUUCAGCUUUACUAUGGAUAUCUUUGUUGACCUCUUCACAGAGACACACAGGUGGAUCUACGAUCUUGCAGACAGUCAUAUUGUCUUGCAGUAUUUGGCGUGGGUCGCUUAUUCUCUGUUUCUAAUGUGUUUCGCAGCAGGAUUCGCAAACAUAGUGUCAAUUCAGGCCGCUGGGUCUGGGAUUCCCGAAACCAAGACGUCUCUGAGAGGAGUGAUGCUGCAGGAAUAUUUCACCUUCAAAACAUUAGUGUCCAAAGUCAUCAGUCUGACCUGUGUGCUCGGAAGUGAAUUACCCGUGGGCAAGGAGCUCACACAAAGGGACUCCUUGAUUUCAUUUUUUGACAAUCGUACCUGGUCAAAUCAUUGCAUCGUAGCAGACUUUGAUCAUGACGAUCACCUAGCCGCCUGGAAACAUCCGCAGGCUAACGUCUUCGUUAUUCUCUCCGUCUUCGUCAUCAUGAAGUUCUGGAUGUCUGCUCUUUCCAUAACCCUUCCUAUACCAUGUGGUUCCUUCGUUCCCAUUUUCGUCAUUGGUGCUGCGUUUGGCCGUUUGGUGGGUGAAGGUUUGGCCACGUUGUUUCCCGAUGGAUUUAACAUUGAUGGACACAUAUACCACAUAGUGCCCGGAGCGUAUGCUGUUAUAGGAGCGGCAGCGUUAACGGCAGGAGUCACUCACACGAUCUCGACUGGCGUGAUCAUGAUGGAGUUGACGGGUCAGAUCAGUUACGCUCUGCCCAUCCUCAUCUCUGUGAUUCUGGCCAACAUGGUCUCUCAGAGUCUUCAGCCUUCCAUCUAUGACACGGUUAUCCGCAUUAAAAAGCUGCCUUACCUGCCCAUGCUCAGCUGGGGCCACCGAGAGAAGUAUGAUAUUUAUGUGGAGGACUUUAUGAAAAGAGAAGUUCGUUAUAUCACGCUGAACUCCACCUACAGAGACGUAAUCAAGAUCCUACGUUCAGGAAAUCUGAAAACACUGCCUUUGGUGAAAUCUACAGAGUCGAUGCUCUUGCUGGGUUCUGUCGAGCGCGCUCAGUUACUGGGGCUCUUAAUGCAGCGAUUGCAACACCUGCGAGAGGAAAAUGCGUCCACCAUGCCUGUCAGAUACAAGGUUCACUUCCAGACGUCCACAGAAGAAUCUGCAUCCGCUUCAACCACUAAACCUCUGAAAUCUGCUCUGAAGAAGCCGUCUGUAGAUGAAGAAGAGAUUACAAGUGUUUAUGAUUCUGGCCUCAACUUAAAGAAGUUCUUCUGUUCUCGUCCUGACAUCGAGGCAAUGGAGGACGACCCAGACGCAGAGGAUGAUACGAUACUUCAAGAGAUUGAAGAGUGGGAGGAGCAACAGAUGGACGAGCAGGUGAACUUCAACAGCUGCAAGAUUGACCCCGCCCCCUUCCAGCUGGUGGAGCGCACUUCACUGCACAAGACUCACACCAUGUUUUCUGUGUUGAAUCUGGAUUACGCUUACGUCACCAGCAUCGGACGACUUGUCGGAGUUGUUUCACUGAAAGAGUUGCGUAAAGCGAUCGAAGGCUGCAUGCCGGCAGACGGUGCGAGGUUGCGUCCCGUUCUGUCCGCUUUCAGAGACCGAGGCGUUCGAGGAACCAGGACCGAAACCAUCGAACUCCACCAACUACUGGAGCAUCAGAUCAGCUGA